CCAUGCGGUAAUCCAUCCUUGGGUACAUGGAGACGGAGAGCGGAGUGACGGUAGUCGAGUCGAGUCAAGGCCUUGGAGAAGGGGGUGGGGGGUGUAGGUAGUUGCAAGAGGAAAGGGGAUGGCCCGUUUCCUCAGGAAAAAAAACAUCACCGGCACACACACUACAAAACAAGGCUGCCAGGAAGUAGUCCCAGUCCUGCCCGUUCAGAGGUUCCUCUUGGCCCAAGCCAUGGAAUUCGGAGUUGUGACAACCGCAGAACAGGAAGUCGGUCGGCGAGACAAUUCACGUAGAUUUAAGUAAUUCUAUGCAGCAGCUUACUUUUCGCUAGAGACUAAACACAGAACCAUUACAAAGCGAGCAAAGAUGACCUAAAAGAUGAAUGAAAAUGUAUUUGAAUGAAUGAAAAUGAAUGAAUUUACCGCACUUUCUGUGUUCGAUGGUCACUUCCUGGAACUAUUUUGGAACUUUUGUCCACUAUUGUUAAUGGCGAUUAGCGUGUCAAAGGUUCCAUGAGCUGCCAUCUUUGUAUAAAAGUGGAGCAUGCAGGUCAAUGGGAUUCUCCUAACUAUUACUUUCAUAGCUCUGGUCUUGGCUACAUAACAGCGACUGGGACGAACGUGCGCACACAGUAUAGCAGCAGCAGCAGAAGGAUCUUAAGGACUUGAGCUAGAAAUGCUGCCGAUUUGACAAAUCGUCAGGCCCCAGGUGCUGAGCAAGUGGAUCUUCAAUGCGGAGAGGCAGUAUGCCCAUCCUUAAGAACCUGCCCCCGUGGCUGAAGGCGAGUGCAUUAAGCCCCAGUGGCCCAGAGCCAGGAGGCGGCGGAGGCAGAGGCCCCUAUGCUGACGUCAUCCUACACAACAUGAGCCUGACACACAAGCCCUUUGAAGAGGAGGAGGUGGGCGACGAGCAGGCCUGGCGACAGCAGAGGCGCCACGACUCGCUCCUGGAGGGCGGGGUGGCCCACGACCGCAACCCCUUCGACGACGAGGAGGACGAGAACGAGGCCAAUGAGGUGCGGCGAGGAGGCUCGGGGAAGAGCUCCUUCAAGGGGACGCUGGACCGCGUUCGCGGGGCGUCUCCUCUCAAGGCCCUGGGUAAACUGGGGAAGGGGCUGCGGCUGUCGAGCAGGAGCAACAAAAGCAGCAGUGCCGCCUCCUCCCCGCAGGGAUCCAUCGGGACGCCGUCCCCAGAUGUACGCAAGAAGAAAGGCCGCAGGAGCUCGGAGGGCAGCUUGCUACGCAUUGCUGGGAGAUGUCGAGACAGCCUGCGCAAAGAGAGUCUUCCUUCUUCAGAGCUCUGCUCCAACAGCGAGGCCGACAACAGCAGCAGGCGUCUGUCCUUCAUGAAGCUGGUCGGCCGCAACAAGCACAAGCGGGAGUCUGGCGUGGACCAGGCGUCCUCUCACGGCCCGGAGGAGGAGUCUGUGGAGGAGGAGGUGCCCGAGGUGAAGCCCAGAGAGCCGCUGUCAGUGCUUGAGAUUCUGCAGCUGGUGACAAAGAGAGACUUGUUUCUGGCCGACACACACAUCCUGGAGCUGGAGCAGGAAUGUGCCGACCUGGUCCUCCAGCUCCAGCCAGCAGGGGGCAGUCUUGCGGUCACGCCGGAAGACGUUGUCGUGACCUCUCCGGGGGCCGGAGGCGGGGGCAACAAGGACAGCAGCCGGCGCAAGGCCAAGGACGUGGAGCUCCUGUACGAGGCUCUGAAGAAGGAGAUGUGGGAGAUCGUGCGGCAGGCCCUGCACUCCCCCACCGCCGGGCCCAAUCUGGGGCUGGUCGUCCAGGUCCUGGAGCAGGAGGAGACCACGGACGCCGCCUGGGCCAGCAAGGAGAACGACGCCGCGGCCGCCACCAACAGCACCGCCUCCUCCGGGUCGCGGCCGCGGCAGCUCAAGAGGCAGUGGAGGGAGGUGGUGGUGGAGGCGGCCAAUGAGCAGCUGCCCCAGACGGCGGAGGUGAAAUCGGGCGCGCUCUCCGCAUACCUGGAGAAGGUGAAGAGCCGCAUGGUGGAGGACCUGAAGGCCGCCCUGAACAACGUGGUGCCCAUCUAUCCUAAGGAAUACGAUGCCUUCCAGGUGUACGUGCAGAGCUACCACCAGGCGGUGUCCCGUUGCCUACGCAACAUUGUCGACAGCCAGCAGCUGGAGAUCAAAGAUAUCUACUCCUUACUAGACUGGGUUUACAACCUUUAUAACAAGGAGGUUCUAGAUGUUCUGAGCUCAAUGGCUCCCGUCAGCCAAAGGGGGUUGGGUGCACUCUUGUCCUCUGAAGCAACAGACAAACUUGAACUGGACUGCCUGAACUCAGUCAGGGGAAAAGUGACAAACGAGCUUUCCCGUUUACUGGACGAAGAAGAAAAGACUUGGAGAGAAUGUCUGAACUCGCAGGGCUGCCGAAUCACCUUAGCCGAUACAGUAACAAAGAAACUGCAGGAAGACUUGGAAAGAUCAGCCGCAAUUAACACAGAUCUGGGGGCCCGUGUGGCUAAGUGCUGCCUUAAUGGAUUUGCAGACUUUUUGUACAGUUUCCAGAGGAAAGUAGAAAUGUUUCUUGAAACUGCCAUGCUGGAAUACAGAGAGGAGGAAAGCGGAUACAUUUCCACAACCAUCGCUCUGGUCAACUGCUGCCCGGUUUUCAGAGACUUCGUUGAGGAAUGCCAACAGAGUGAAUCCGUAGCAGCUGCCGACUCGGCUCAGAGAGCCAACUCCUCUCUCGAUAGAGUCAUCAAUGCAGGAGUUAAAGUGUUAAGUGACAAACUGUUUGAACAAAUUAGGCCACUCUUUGACAAACUCGUGAAGAGGAAGUGGCUGAACGAUGCGUCUGUGCUUGAGUCGAUAGAAACGACCGUCAAAGAUGCGUUCCUGUGCUUCAGCGACAUGGCCAGUCCACCUUACCAGCUACUUGUGAGUGACGUGCACAAGCGUGUGAUGGUGGAGUACCUUCGAGCUCUCAUGCGGGGGAGGAUCAUCUGCACGUCCCAGAAGAUGAGGAAGAAGAUGGGCGGCCGACUGCGUGAUGAAGGGAAACGCAUUAAAACGCUUUUCAAAGAACAGGGCUCACCUGCCACGUGGUUGGAUAGUGCCAUCCCUCACAUAUCAGAGAUCAUCCUGUUGGAGGACGUGCCUUCUCUUCAGAUGGAAGUGGGCAUUCUCGUGCGGGAAUUCCCUGAUAUGCGGAGGAAGCAUAUCUCGGCCCUUCUCAACAUCCGAGGGAUGACUCGAAACCUGGAGAGGCAGGAGGUGCUGAACAUUGUCAAGGACAUGGAGACGAGCGAGACUCUAACUAAGCUCACGCGCGAUCAGGCCCUGUUCGCCGAGGUGCCUGUAACGUCUGAGAUGCACUGCCUGAACAUGGCCUUCAGUCGAGUCGCGCUUGCAACGUCCUCCUGUUUCUCAACCAUCAGCCUGCAAUGCAAAAGGCCGUCUCAUCGCCAUCAGAACCACGACCCUCAUGAUGAUAUACUUUAGUUCAUGUUCAUUGUGGAGUAUUUUUUUUUUGGUAGUUUAUUUCCAGAAUUUAUGCUGCCCCCACUCAAUUUGAUCUUUUUCAUGAAUAUUUACCGUAACACCCACCAUCAAUUUCUAAGUAUUCAUUUAAAUUUGGAGAUGUACGUACUCUGUUCAUAAAUGAAUGGUUGAGUGGAUCUUCUCCUAUUAACUGUUUUGAAUUGCCAGUCACCGACAGCUUGGCAUUGCUGCAAAACUUGCUGUACUUAGGUCAGAUCAGGAAAUAUUACUGCAUUUAUUAGUAAAUAUUAAUGGAAAGAUCACAUUUCUGGAAGGGCAGCAUAUAUUAAGAAAAUAAACACUAACUAUAAUUAUAGAGCUUUGUUGCAAAAUGAGGUAUAACCAUUCUGGAACUUUUUGGGAAAUUGACAUUCUUGUAUUGGGCAUUGCAUGGCAUUGCACAAUGCAUCUUAUAAGUAUUUGAAUGUCAAGAAUUCACACAUAUAUGAUAGACGUCUGAACAGUCAUAAAAAAAAUGGCACUUGCAUCAUUUUGCAACUAAACUCUUUGAUUACAUACUGGGCCUUUAGAUUCAACUAUGGUUGAGGCCUCUGCAAACUGCCGUGCGCUCACUAUGCUUGCAGCAUCAUUUCAUUACAGGUUAGAAUUGUUAAUAGAAUUGUUAACCACCAGGGCUGGACUGGCCAUCUGGCAUAGCGGGCAUUUCCCAGUGGGCCCCGCGCCCUUGUGGGCCCCUAUUUUCAGAAAUGUUUUUUAAAAAAACGUUUUUUUUUUUUUCCAAACAUUUCAGAAAACGGGCCCACAGGUUCUGCACCGCUAAUUAUGAGGGGGCCCUUUAAGCCAUAAGUGCCUGGGCCUUAUUUCUCCCUUAGUCCAGCCCUGUUGACUUCAACCCAUGAUGUGUCUUUUUGUCAGCACUUCACAUUCCUGCAGUCAUAAACCCACAAAAAUGAUGUAGUGUGGCUUAAAAUGUGUGUAAUUCGAAUGAUGAAGACCAAUCACAAAUUCCAAAUGACAAAAGACACUCAAAUGGAAACGCACUUCAGUUGAUCAUUCUGGGGAGGAAUUUCAGUGAUUUUGUGGAACAAAAUGAUUUGAAAUUGAUUAAAGGUACUGUGAAGAUAUAGGAUAUCUGACUUGGAACUACUAAUGAAAUACAGUAUAUAUAUAUGAAAGCCAGAGUAUUUUUUUUCAACUUCAUAUCGUAUGUAAUCAUAGCUAAAGAAAAAAAAGCCUAUUUAUGUGACAAAACAAAUAUUUAUUGUCAGUCUUUUUGAAAUAUGGUGAUGGGCAUCAAACUUCCUUUAAUGUUUUAUUAAGUAAUAAUCCAGCAACACAAUUUAGAGAUUAAAUUAAACAAAUAUAUAAUAUA